UACCACUAUGUGAACAUGAUCGUUUUAGUUGAUCAAAAGGCAAACACGACGAGUGAGAAGAAGUGCGGUUGUUUGACACUUCUUUUCUCUUCCAACGGUCCAUCCAUCAUUGACUAUCCUCAUUCCUUCCUCUUUCAAACUCUCUUACAUCAUCUUUUGAAUUCUUCUCUCUUUAUUUCCCUUUCUUUCCCAUGGACAUUGUCUUCUCAAGAUUCCCUAAACCCUAACCUCCUUCAAUUUCUCAACUCCUCCUUCUUCUAACUGGUCAUCAAUUAUCAUGUCCGUUUUCGUUGUUACCGCCAUGGAUUUCGCCGUCCUCGGUUUUCUGGUUCCCUCUCUCUGGGAGAUCGAAGUCGCUUUCGUUGCCUCCGUAUUCGUUAUUCUAAUUUAUUGGUUCUUCACUUUCAGAACUGGUGACCGUAACUCCGAUCGAUCGCUUUUGGAGAAUUCUGUUGCCGACGCCGACGAUAAGGUCAAGAUUGGCCUGAUCAGAGGAGAUUCUCAAGCCGGUUCGGCAUACCUGGUUAAGUUAGAACUAUUGGCUGCUAAAAAUCUGAUUGCUGCAAACUUAAACGGAACAUCGGAUCCUUAUGCCAUUAUUACGUGUGGAAAUGAAAAGCGAUUCAGUUCUAUGGUCCCUGGUUCAAGAAAUCCAAUGUGGGGCGAGGAGUUCAAUUUUAAUGUCGAUGAACUUCCUGUCCAGAUCAAUGUCACAAUUUUUGAUUGGGAUAUAAUUUGGAAAAGUGCUGUUCUUGGUUCAGUGACUGUUCCAGUUGAAAUUGAAGGUCAAACUGGUGCUGUGUGGCAUACUCUGGAUAGCCCAUCAGGGCAGGUUUGCCUUCAUAUAAAAACACACAAGCUAUCUGCAAAUCCUUCCAGGAUAAAUGGUUAUAGCGGAGCCAACACUCGAAGAAGGAUACCCUUGGAAAAACAGGGGCCAACAGUAGUCCAUCAAAAGCCAGGACCUCUUCAAACAAUAUUUGAACUUCAUCCAGAUGAGGUUGUUGAUCAUAGUUACUCUUGUGCACUUGAGAGGUCAUUCUUGUACCAUGGUCGUAUGUAUGUAUCAACAUGGCACAUUUGUUUCCAUUCCAAUGUGUUCUCGAAGCAAAUGAAGGUGGUUAUUCCAUUUGAAGAUAUAGAUGAGAUUCGAAGGAGUCAACAUGCAUUUAUUAAUCCUGCUAUAACAAUUAUUCUUCGUAUGGGUGCUGGUGGACACGGUGUCCCUCCUUUGGGAAGUCCCGAUGGCAGAGUCAGAUAUAAGUUUGCAUCAUUUUGGAACAGAAAUCAUGCAUUUAGAAAUCUACAACGUGCAGCUAAGAACUUUUGUGAAAAGUUGGAAACUGAGAAGAAGGAAAAUGCUGAGUCAGAAUUGCGUGCGCAUAGCAGUUCUGUCAGACAAAGUUCCGUAAUGGAUAAAGUUCCAGAAGCCAGCAUGCCGAAAGUUGAAAAACUUAAAACUUUCAUCAAAGAAGAAGCUUUAGUUGGUAUAUACAAUGAUGUUUUCCCCUGCACAGCUGAGCAGUUUUUCAAUUUAUUGUUAAAGGAUGAUUCAAAGUUUACUAGCAAGUAUCGCUCAGUACGAAAGGAUACUAAUCUUGUGAUGGGACAGUGGCACACAGCAGAAAAAUAUGAUGGUCAAGUUCGAGAGAUAACCUUCAGAUCCCUUUGUAACAGCCCUAUGUGCCCUCCUGACAUAGGCAUGACAGAGUGGCAACAUGUUGUUCUAUCACCAGAUAAGAAACACCUGGUGUUUGAGACUGUGCAACAGGCGCAUGAUGUUCCAUUUGGGUCCUAUUUUGAGGUGCACUGUAAAUGGAGUUUGGAGACAGCCAAUGAAAGUUCAUGUGCUCUGGACAUAAGAGUGGGUGCACAUUUCAAGAAAUGGUGUGUGAUGCAAUCCAAAAUAAAGUCAGGGGCAAUCAAUGAGUACAAAAAAGAAGUCGAUGUUAUGUUAGAUGUUGCCCGUUCAUAUAUAAAGUCGUAUACUUCAGAUGACGAGAAUGAUAAGGUAUCUUCGUCCCCUGCGAUGACUUCCGAAAGUUAACAUAUUUGGGCAACCUUAGAUUAUAAUUUUGUUGAUAUGUGCAAUGUUGUAACUUUCCUUUUUCUUUUGUUAUUUAUUCUUGUAAGUUGUAACACAUGGCAGAGAAAGUCACGUAUCUUUUGAUGCACAUUUGGUUUUUGUCUUGUGUAUCUCUGUCGAUAAAUUGCUUGCUCGUAAAGGUUUUUCCAUCAUUUUUUGUGUGGAAGUUUA